AAUGCUGUAAAAUUGUAACUUUUGGAUGACAGUGUGUUGCGCGAUAGGCCAGUGUGGUGGCAUUCUGCUGGAUUUUUAUAUUGAUAUUUUUAGGCAACUCUACAAGUGUGGAAAGUGUAUUUUAAUCUACAUUUAAUUAAAUUACACUAGUAACAGUAACAAUAAGCAAAGCAAACAAAUGCGGCUUUUUGUUAGUACGGCGUGCAAUUAAAAGUGUAAGCGUGCCGUAAUAAUUGAAAGUUCUUGCAAACCGCCCGCAUAUACAAACUAAGUUUAGGAUAACCAACAACUGCAACAACAGCAAACACAAAGAGACAACGCCAGCAGCGACAGAGACACUACGACAAAUACAAAACCCGUUUCUUGUGUGUGUGCAGCGAACGCAGCGGCAUUUCGUGGCAAGUGUCCAAUUCAGACCACAAAAAAGGGGCGUGUCUACGUCUAACUAGCUGUGCGGUUAAAGGAGUAGUGCUGCUUGAUACACUAUGAUGGUUGAGUCCGACGGCAACGCCGACGCUACCCGCCGUCUCAACGUAAAGAAACAAACGCUGGACGAUGCGUACGCAGUGCCCGCUAAUUUCCUCGAAAUCGAUGUCGUUAAUCCGCUGACCACAAUGGCAGCGGGAAAGAAACGCUACACGGAUUAUGAAGUGCGCAUGAGGACCAACUUGCCGGUGUUCAAAGUGAAGGAGUCGAGUGUGCGACGACGUUACAGCGACUUUGAGUGGCUGAGAAAUGAGCUCGAGCGUGACAGCAAAAUUGUAGUGCCGCCGCUGCCUGGCAAGGCCUGGAAGCGACAAAUGCCCUUCCGCGGCGAUGAGGGUCUCUUCGAUGAGAGCUUCAUUGAGGAGCGACGCAAGGGUCUCGAAGCGUUUAUCAACAAGAUAGCCGGACAUCCGCUAGCCCAGAACGAACGCUGUCUGCACAUGUUUCUGCAGGAGAAUGUCAUCGACAAGAACUAUGUGCCCGGCAAGAUACGCAAUACAUAAGACGUUGGCGCUGGCGGAGACGCAACCAACGGCAAUGCAAUGAAGCAAAAACUCGAACGAACAAAAACUUAAGCGAGGGAUAUAUAAUAUAUAUAGAGAGAUAGAGAGAGAGUUUAUGAAUUCUAUUAGGCAAAAUCAGAAAGUGUGUAUGUGUGUGCUUAGUGCAAGUAACGAGUAAUAACAAUAACAAAACAUAAAAGUAAUAGAUGUUAAACAAAAUUUAAUAUGGCAAACUGCUUUUUCGACAAGAACAAGCAUAAUCGUGGCUCAGUUACUGUUGAGCGUCGCUAGUUGAAAUAUUGGGAAUUUUUAUUGCUAAAUUCAAUUGUUUAUAUGCAAUGGUAUCUAUACAAUACAAUAUAUACAUAUAUACAAUACAUAUACAUAUUUAUCGAAUAGUGUACAUAAUUUUGCCCUAGAUACGUCCUGUAUUGGAUUACAUUUGUCAAAGUCCCCUCCGCGCCUGGGAAUAAUGUUUUUGAUUGCCUGGACUGGGGCUAACUGCUCAUUAAUGGAACAAUCUCGAAUCCCGCGAGCUCACUUUCUACUAUUACUGCUCUGAAUUUUAGUCGUUGUAUAAAAAAGUAAUUCCUAUAUUAUUAUUGUGUUUAAAACUUGCAGUAGCAAAGCAAAACGUUUAUACAUCCAUCCACAUGGUUUAUACUUUAUAAAAAAAAGAAAACAAAAAUGCCCGCUGUUUUGCAAAAUACUGAAUA